CGCCCAACCAAAGAGAAAUAGGUUCAAACUUGCGAUGCGAUGCACCACGGACCGACCGACCGUUUGAAACACGGUUCCACAGACCUCCUCAGUUCCAGUAUGGUUGCCGACGCGUGCAGAAGCAAGCAGUAAGCGACGUGAUAGAAUAAUUUGCUCUCUCUCGUGUGCCUUUGGUUCCGAACAGACCCUCGGUGGCCCCCAAAUGAACUGACGACGACUGGUCCUCUUGUUUUUGUGCUGUUUGGCCGGUUGUACGCUCCCUUCUAUCCCUUGAGGGACCCCCAAGUGCCAGACCAAGAAGAACAAGACACUCUGUCUGCCGGUCAUUGAUCAUGAUGCUGUGGAAGUAGAAGUAACGAGUGCUCACCGUGGAAUAGCGGGAUUAACCAGAAGUUACUUAUUGGCUACCGUCGUGCUGAAGUAUGCUGAAGUUUAUGAGGACAAAUUAAGGGACUUUGGUGUCACGCUGAGAAGAAGGAUUAAUUAGUGAGGUUCGUCGCUUGAUGACCUCUUGUUUGUUGAUAUCGCUGACUGGCUUGGAAGGAAAGCAGGAAUAACUGCAGUUUUUGUUGUAUGCUGGAGUGGUUCGGAGGAAAUUCAGUUGGAAAUUAAAUCGUUGCCGUUGUAGUGAAAUAUGAUCAUAUCGCGUUCUGAUUCAACAUCCGUUUCUCGCGAGAGAAAAGCGCAAUUAUGAUAAUGAUCAUGCUGAACUAGUUCAAUCGAGCUUGCGGGUGGAUAGAGAAUCAAAUCUGAAAUUGAAUUAAUUUACUCGUUUUUUUGUUGAGAAUACGUGCUAAGCUAAGAUCGACGAAAGAGUAAGAAGAAUAGAAGAAAAGUAGUUUCAUGCUCUUAUCGGUCAUUUAACAAAACAACGGCUCUAAAGCAAUCAUCUUCGAAGUGAGAAGUAGUAUAAAUUAAAACAACGGCGGUAUGGAUUCCAGCAGCUCGAUGUUGAACCGAUGGCCUCGGUCGAAAAUGCAUCUUCUGGCGAUAAUUAGCUCGGCGGUUUUGAUGCUGGCUUUGAUGCGUGUACCGGAAGCUUCUGGCCAAGAGUCUCCAGCACAAGAUUUCGAAGUACGAUAUUUAUCCGGUGAGCCCGACUACAAAUCUGUCAACCUCACCUGGGAGGUGGAAUCGUUGCGCGGUGGAAGCGAACGAGAUGAUCAACAGCGCAGGCAGCACAAGGCAGCUCGUGGAGGUCGUCGGCAGCGGGCCUUCAACGUGUACUACUGCGAGAUGCAGAACUGGGGACCCCAUCGGUGCCGGUCCAAAACUCUGACGGACGAUUCGGAGGAUAGCGGGAGCACCAAACAGUACACCAUGACAGUGAAGAAUCUGAGAAUGGCCACCAAGUACUCGUUCCACGUGAAGCCUCAAACCAGACCGGGAGAUCAGAAGGUCAGUGGCCGAUCGGAGCACGACGACGAUGAGUUUGACGGGAACUCAAUCAACCUCGGCCAGACGAUCAUCAUUCCAACGAAGGGAUUUUCCGCCCACGCCACCCAGUGCUUGCCGCACGCGUCGGAAAUCGAAGUCGAAACCGGACCAUACUUUGGGGGGCGUAUCAGUUCGGAGAAUGGCCACUGCAACAUUCAGGGUGACGCCAACAGCCCCCAGGAAAGCUACACCAUGCGGAUCGAACACGAGAAUUGCGGCAGCCACGUGAGCCCCGAAGACCUGACCGUCGAGACGUACAUCACCGUCCAGGAGAACUUGGGAAUUCUGACGCACAGCACCAGAAGAUUUGUAGUGGUCUGCACCUUCCAGCCGGACACGCUAACGGUCAGGGCACGACUGGCUUUGCCUGGUAAGGGUCGUGGAGGGGCAGCUCCGGUUCCGAUGAGCGAUUACUGGCCGGCCACUAGAAGAAAUGCCCGCGUUAGGCAGUUCAACAUGGUGGACAAGAGUAGCCUGGUCCUCAAAGCUUCCGACGAGGAAGAAGUUGAGGAUAUGCAGCCAGCCCAUGUCAAGGAGGUGGAAGAGAACGACGUGAUAGGAGAGGUUGGUACAGAGAGUAGCCCUGCAACAGAGAAGCCUUCGAUGAGUUCCAAGGAAAACGAGAUAGCAGAGAGAAAGGGUACCAGCCGGCAACGUGCUGAUAAGAGCGAACCUUUCCGCGAUGCCAAAUACGCGAGGUUGUUUGAAACUAAGGCAGCCGCUGGGGAUAAUGGGGUAGGGAUAAGCGAAAUAGCUUCCGAUGAUGACGAAGAAGGAUUCAGCUCCAGGGCAUCCGUUGGGAGUGAGGAGCGAUCCUUGGAUUUGCCGAGUUUGCUGAUUUCGGCUUGCCUUGCUGUGAUAAUGAUUGGUGCUUUCGUGUAUGUGCUGCUGAAGGAGUACAAGAAGCAGAGGAUAAUCCAACAGCAUCACCAGAUUCAAACGCAACAGACGCAACGACCGCCGAAUCGGAUGGCAGCGUUUUGAUAUAGUUUUCUGUCGACAGCGAUAAAUGAACGAUAUUUUACGCAAUAGUGAUAGCUAUAUGUUAGGAUAAGCGAACGAUAGGCAUAAUUUUAUUGAAAACGGUAACCCUGACUGGUAAGUUUUAAACUGAAUAGCAGAAAUCGAUAGGCAUUUGUCUCUUGACGGUUCAGAAAAUUGAUGCUCUUUUGUUUUAUUGAAAUGAUAGCCUAUUGCAGAGCUGGUAGCGACUGAGUGUUUUGAAAAUAGGAACUUUAGAGAGGGAGAAUUGGUAGAGUAAUCUCUAGAAAAAAAUCUGUUGCGAUCCCUGUAGAAGUCCCUGAAAGUGUUCCAGAUGAAAUUUCUGAGAUAAUUCUGAAGCUCUUCGAGGAACCUGAGAAGCAAUUCUUGAAGAACUUGUUGAAUAGUCGCGUUUUAGUAUCUAGAACCUAUAAACAGUUUACAUCAGAACUCACUGCUAGCAUAAUAUAAAACAAAAUGUGACUAAAGAGAUCAUUUUGGUUAAACUAGAGACUUGAGAGAUCUACAUUAAAACAGAGACCAAGACUCUACAAACAAACCUGCUACCAGUCCUGCUAUUGAGUGGUAUGAGCAGAUGAUUUAGUUUGCUAUUUAGCUUUAGGUGACAUUCGAAAUUGUUGGCCACCCUCAACUGCUGGGUACUUGUUUCAAUUUCUUGAAAAUGACUGAGCAUAAAUUUCACUCAAUAAUAAGAACUUUCCAUGUUUAUCUAGCUAUCCCUGAAAGCAAAUCUAUUUCGGACGAGUUAAGUAUCUACAACACGUUAAAACACAAACUCAAAAAAAAAAAAAAAA